UUAUCACAUAUCUUAUUAAUAUCUCGAAUUAAUUGUUUACCACACUAGUUAUUAUUAUUGUUAAUAUCUUAUCGCAUCACAUAUCACAUUAUUGUAUCACAUUAUUGUAUCACAUAUACAAACACGAUGACAACGAUUAGUGAGUUUGUCUAGCCUAAUGCUAAGGCUUCGUGGAAACUUACUGCACCGAUAACAGAGCGCUUACCAUUUUUCGUUUAUCGUGUUUGGAUAUGUGAUACAAUUUGAUGCGGUAAGAUAUUAAUAAUAAUAAUUAGUGUGAUAGAUAAUUAAUUCGAGAUAUUAAUGAGAUGUGUAAUAAGAUAUUACACAAUAAUAAUAUCACAAAUAAUAUCACAGAUAUUAAUCGUAGAUAUUAAUAUCACAAAGUGUGUUUGAGACUAGUAAUGUUUAGUAUACUAAGAGUGACAUUCAAAAGCUUCCUCGAUGAAGCAAUAUAUAAUUUACUAGCAACGAUCAACUUGCGUUGAUUUUGAUAGACUUUGUUCCACGUUUCUCGUGAUAUGAUUUGAUAUAUGAUAUCUGGUACGAUAUGAUGAUACGAUAUAAUAUGUCAAGCUAUAUUAGUAUGACAGAUAAGCCAAACAAUCAAGUCAUAAUACGCAUAUCUAGGCACGAUGCAAAUGAUUGGAAAGACUUGGCUUUGACGGAAAAAGAUCGGUGUAAAUGAAUAAUAAUAAUCACACCCAAUACGCUAAAAAGUUCAUUAGCUUAAGGCACUAAGAACCAAACGAAAACUCAUCAGUCAGAAACGAUAUCUCUAUUAUCACGGUCGGAAACAUUCGUCCAAACAUUCGGGUUAUUUUAAAACUCGAUCGAGAUAACUGAGAACAAUAGCCUGAAUAAAAACUUCUUACAGAAAUCUUCUUCCAAUCAGUUCCUAGAUAACAGAAAACUAGUUACACGUUCAUUGUUUGUUCUGCGUUAAGAUUUUCGUGAAACUCGGUAUACUCUCAUCGGGUUCAAAUUUGUGUGUUCAAAUUCCUCGAUUUGUAUUUGAAUUUUUAUUUAAAUUUAUGCGAAUAUUAUUGAAGUUGAUAUUUGAAUUUCCAAGAGAAUAAGAGAGAGAGAGAGAGAGAGAGAGAGAGAGAGACAUCACUGACGUGUUCGCUAAAGAAUCUCAUUAACUGGCAUCGCCGCAAUAAUGGGACUCGCUGUACGUCAGAUGGAAACCGAAGUCCGAACGCUCAAACAGGAACUGGCGCGCACUCAGGAAGCCCUGAAGCUCGCCACAAAGAGAUGCAGGGACCUGGUGAGGGAGUUAGACCAUCGUGCCGCCGGUCACGAGUCCGAGAAGUCUCUGCGGGAUCAACAACUCUCGAGGAUACUGCGGGCUCUGCUGGUCCUGGAGGCGCGUCUCAAGCAGGAACAGAAGUCGAUCAGACAGCUGCUCUGCGAGAAGGACAACGUCAUCCGGAACCAGCAGCUGGAGAUCGCGAUGCUCAGGCGGUACACGAAGAACUACAUCAAGUGUAAACGCGAUCCGGCACUGGCCGACGCCGAAGUCAAUGCCAACGUCGACAAGAGUCUGCAGAAUUUCGGCAAUCUGCAGAAGGAAACGCUGCAGGAGAGCGGCCUCGGCAAAGACAUCGCGAGUCUCAAGUGCGAGAUAAUCACGCGGUUGAACCCGGCGGCGUCCGGCAUUGUUCUCGAGGAGCUAGACCGCAGCGGCGUGAGAAAGACUCACAGCUUCGCCGGCAGUGAUAUCUCCAAGACCAGUAUGACCAGCAGUGAGAACACCGACGCGUCGAUUAUCACCACGACAACCGAGGGCAGUCCGUCGUUGCUCAGCACGGAGGGCUUCUGCGAGGGCGAGAGCACGGACGUGUCGCCGGGAUCGACGUUGAACAAGUGCUCGAGCAGAUGCACGCCAACGACGGUGACCGACAGCGAGAACGAGACCACGAUGAUCGUGGACGAGGACGAGGAGGAGGUGGACGAGGGUACGACCACCACCACCACGACGACGACGACGACGACGACGACGACGAAAAGGAAAACAUCUCUUCGCAGGGCAAAAGGGCAGAAGACGUCGAAGGGCUCGGAAGUAAUCGAAGUGGUCGGUAUCACGAGGACGGAGAGCAAGGACGACGGAAUGGACUGCAAUUUCGUCUCGGAGGACGAGGAGCAGGACGCGAGGACGAAUCGGGAGGAGAAGAGCGAGCCGAUCUACGUGAACGCCUGCAACGAGGCUAACGAGAGGCACUUGCAGCAGAAGACGGAGCUGUCAAGGACAGAGGACGAUUAUAGCAACAAUAAUAACGUCGAAACGAAAAUCGAGCCACCUGAAGUGACCGUGGAGGACACUAGCAUCAACUGGUACAGCGAUCCUGACGAAGAUAGACUGAACGACGACAUGUUCCGGCACAACGUCUAUAGGCCUAACGGCAAUCACAACUCCGUUCUGGAGUGUGUCAACCAGAUACUAUUGCGUGAUAUGGAGGAGGAGGAGAACGUGCUUUCGGCGCCACGUAGAUUCAAGCACCGUGGUAGGAUCGUGCGUUUCCAGCCGGCCAGAUUGUCCGACAUCGAGUCUGUGGGUUCCGAAAUGGAAAGGAGAAACUCCGAGGAGUGUACUGUGGAUAACAAGGAUUCGCCACGGGAAGACGAGGUUCAGGAGAAUGAAGGCAGUGCGUCCGAAGACGAAUUUGGCAUGAGAAUCGUUCAGAAAGAGCCGGACGACGACUCCAAGGACUCGAAGGCGAUUCCCUUAGUCAUCAUCGAACCCAAAGUCGACGUCGAAGAAGCGAGACAGUUUUUGCCGAAGCCCCAAGCGAGCAAUCCGCCCUUGAAGAUGGAAAGAAUCGAGGAAAAGGCCUGUCUGCAGAUGUCCACCAGGGGUUUGACGAUCGCCAGACCACGUUCGACGAAUCUGGACUACGAAGACAUCGAGUCAUUGCCGGAAGUAACGACAACACCGACCUCGCCGACACCACCGAGAACGCCGCCAGCGUUGCCGCCGAAACCGCAGUUUCGCAACAACACGUUGACCCUAAAGAAGAUCCCGAGUCCGUCGUUCUUGAUUGACGAGAAGAGGUCUCAGCAGGACUCCGGAGGCGCAGAUUCCACGAGAAGAGGUAUCCUGGAGUUGCUGUCAUCGUCAACGUCCAAAGCGGCGAGGAACUUGAAUCUGGACGAGGCGAAGAGCUCGGCGAGGAGCUCAACCAGGAGCUCCACGAGGGAGGCGGGCGGUCGCGAAGAGGCUGGAUUCUGGAAGAGCAGGUUUAAUCACGUGCGAUCCUCUUUCCAAACCAGACAAAAGGAGCCAGAUCAGGUGAAAAGCGCGGUUCGAGUGACGAAUAUCGUCAGACACUUCGAGGAGUUCAAGAUCGGUGAUCCCGAAGAGCAAGCGACAAGAGACAGGACUCGCGUGAGGGAACGACACACCGAACUCGAACACGACUUUGACAUCCGCCAGAACUUUGAGGAAUUCAACUUGGACGAGUGCGACCUGUCAGACGAUCCCGAUCGGCCCGAAGGCGACGGCUCCGAGAGGUUGAGUCAUUCCGCGCUCAACAACCCCGGCCAAAGCGAAAGCAACAGCGCCAAAGACAACAACAACGUGCCUGCCAACAACAGCAACAACAGCAGCAACAACAGUGAAUCUGGAAGCAGCGGUUACGACCACUUUCUGGAAGCGACUGGCCUCAGCAACAAGUCGAUCCUUACGCCGUCCAGAUUGCUGAGUAACCACAAGAGUAUGCUGAAGCCGAAAGACGUGAAGUAUAAGAGCAGGAUCAAGGCUACGGCGGUGCUGGAGAGGCACGGAGUACAAUCGACGACCAGCAACACCACCACACACGUCAGACACUGGACAGGACCGUUUGUCUGACGACUGGCCAGGGUCCUGCCGGGCAAGAUCUUCCGACCCGCUGUCUCGGCUGGCAACUCGCCGAUAAAGACGCUCAAGAAGUAUUGAGUGUCUUUCGAAUAUCACUCAACGAGCAUCUUCUUCUCGUUAUGUACACUUAUUAUACGCGAGUGACUUUCGUCUUUAAAGUGCAAAUGGAAUUUUACACAGUAUUGCAUGAAGGAACAGGAAAUCGUCGCGAUGAAAGCACGAGCGAGAGAGUCUGCGACCUCGUGAAAGCUCCUUUACGAGUGUCCUGUCUUAGCAAAUUGCGCUUGUCAAACGUGUAAUAUCGUGAAUUGUUUAUUUUUAAUAUAAUGUCUAAGAUAAAACACGAAUCCCUAAAUCUUGAAGAUAAGAAGGGAGAAUGAUCGCCACGCUGAUUCCGGCGAUCAGUUAAUUUAUUUUAUAUCACUCAUCAAGAGAAGACAUUCACAAUAUGCAACGUUGAUUUAGUUGUUCUUGCUGUGAAAUUAUUUAUAAAUCCUUGUACGGUAUUUGUAAACGAGAAAUAUAACUCGUCUGGAAGUUUGA